UACUAAAUUUUUAAUUAAUCAAUAUAUAUUUAUUAUUUCAUAAUAUGUAAAAAAUAUAUAAUAUUUAAAAAUAAUUUAUAUUUAAUAUUUAUUUUGCGCAAGGCGCGGGUCUUAACCUAAUUAUAAUAAGUAUAGGAAAAGAAAUAUGUAUGGAACUACAUUAGCAGUGUUCAACUAUGAAAUGAUGUUUUUUAUUUAUUGAAAUAUCAGUUAUUUUCGCUAUGAAAUCAUGUUCGAAAUAAAAUCUAAUGCAUCUCAUCAGUUAUUUUCAAUACAUUCCCCUUAGCUUUUGUUGAGCAUUAAAUGUUAAUACGAAUAUGGCAAUCAAUAUUAAAUUUUGACCGGUUUACAUAUGCGAAUUGACUCGCUUAAUUUCAAUAAGUCUUCUUUGGAUGAAAACAAGUACAAUGAAUCAAAGAUUAGAUUGCUAUAAUUUGGGUAUGAAGACCAGAUUUUUUACUCAAAAUGAAAAAAAAUCAAAAUUACUAAGUCAAAUAUUCCAGGAACCAUGUUGAUACAAAUGAAUAUGUUGCCAUAAAAGAUGAACCUACAAAAAAACAACAUUUAUAUAAAUGUUGACGAAAACAAGUAUUUAAGUACAAACCCCUGGACUCUAAUCAGUAACAAAAUCAAUCACUCUCCUUUUUAAACACUCUUGACAUCAGUGAUGAAUAUUGUGAAGUUCUUGAUCAUCGCCAUCGUUGUGACCAUCUCGGUGGCUUUAUGUCCAACAUUUGUCCAAUCUCGAAAGACAAAAUGUGACUGGUUGGGUGGGAAUUGCAUCAAAGGUGGAGAAGAAGAGACCAUGAAGAUGAGUUCUGGUCUGGAUGUGAGCCGUAGGGUCUUGCAAGCGACACGAUAUAUAAACUACGAUGCAUUGAAGCACAACGUACCAGCUAAACAACAUGGUCAACAAGACCGACCGGAUAAUCCAUACCGGCGAGGUUGUACUCUCGCUACAGAAUGUUACCGGCUUACGCAUUAAACAACAUAAAUACAAAUUUUUAUCUUUUUUGCAACACAAAAAAAAACUGUUUCUCUUUCCCCCUUAAUAUAUACUUUUCUGUUAAUGUAUUUUGUAUUAUUACCUUUGAUUGGUAUCUUCAGUAAUAUUAAAUUUUUCUACUAUCUUCAGUAAGAUCUCAUUCACAUGGGUCAAAGAAAAAUUGCACAUAUAACUAACUGAAUUGUAUAAUUUACAGCAAUGAUAAAACUAGAACUGAGGGAAAAAUACAAAAUUUUGGAAUCUUAAUUUUACAAUGAUUACGAGAACUUCUCGACAUAUUUGAGGAAGAAUUGUUAAAAGGAUUAUUUUUUACUAUAUUCAUUUUUAAUAAAAACUAUAGAAGGAUAAUUUAUAUUGUACGACGACGAAAACAAGUAGGACUCUUCUUGGCUUGCUUCCACUCGCUACGUAGCGACAUGUCAAACCUUCACUCACUACGUAGUGACCUGUAAGGCCUCAGAAAUGUCCUCCUUUGGGUUUUCUUUUGAAUCAUCAUCGAAACGCUUUUCGUUUCGUCUCAAUCGUAAUUUCCGUUGAGAUUUUACGACAAAAACAAGUAGUACUCUUCUUGGCUUGCUUCCACUCGCUACGUAGCGACCUGGCAGACCGCCAGAUCGGUACAUUGCAACCUGUCAGUCCUCAAAAAUCUCCUCCUUUGUGUUCUCUUUUGAAUCCCGAUCGAAACGCUUUUCGUUUCGUCUCAAUCGGAGUUUCCGUCGAGAUUUUACGACAAAAACAAGUAAGACUCGUCUAAACUCCUUCGCUUUCUCCUACUCGCCCUUACCUCCAACUUUGUGUUCUCUUUCAAAUCUUGAUCGAAACAUCUCUUGUUUCGGUCGGAUUUACCAUUGAAACUUUACGACAAAAAAAAAAACCCGCAAAGACUUGUUUUCUCGCAUGGAUUCAGAUUAAUCGUAUAAAACAGCAACGAUUAACUUAACACCUUAGCCGCCUCAACUAUACGAUUACGUUGAACCUUUUUACAAAAAUUGACGUUGUAUC